UGAGUUUUAUCUGCCGCUUGCCGGACACGCUCUCUUCUGCGCUAACGUUCCCUCCUGACGUCGACCAAGAUUUUCGAUCGCUCUCCGAUAUCGACGCUGUGCGCUCCGAUACCGACCAUCGGCACGCGCUACCCUACCGGACACGGAGCUGAGCAACGCGACCGCGCACGACCUGAACGAGUCUGCCUUCCUUUUGUUACCGCGACGAGGGUGAGGAGGCAGCGACAUGGACGAGAAUAAUAGGAUAACGAUUACGGUGUGCGGCGAUGGGGGAUGCGGCAAGUCUUCGAUUACGCUCAGGCUGGUUAGGAGUCAGUGGACACAUGAGUAUGAUCCAACGAUAGAAGACUCCUACUCCGUAACGCGCACCAUCGACGGCCAAAACUACUUCCUCAUGCUCACCGACACGGCGGGACAAGAAGAAUACCGCGGGCUAUGGGCCGCCUCGAACCUCAAAUCCGAUGCCUUUCUGCUCGUCUACGACAUAACGAACCCGCACUCGCUCGAUGGCCUGGAAUACUUCACCGAGAUGAUCGACAUGGAAGAGGAAAACCGGAUAGACAACGGCGCCGUGCCGCCGGUGAAGAUUGUAGCUGGCAAUAAGUGCGAUUUGCAGGCUGCGCGGCAGAUUAAGUCGCCGCAGGGGCUGGAGUGGGCGAGGAGACACAGGUGUGGAUUCAUGGAGACGAGUGCGAGAGAGAUGGUAAACAUUGAGGAGACUUUUGCGCUGCUCGUCCGUCGUGUCGUCGAGGCCCGCCAAUUACAUGCUUCUGGUGGUGCUGCGGCGCACCCGAUUCGAACCGCUGCCCUGCCUCCCAUGAACGAAAAGGAUGCCUCUUAUUCGACCGCAGCGAACGAGAAGGGCGACGGGUUCACGAGAGGGAGCUUUUGGAGGAAGCUGCGGUGCUGGUAAUCGGCAGAUACCUCCAAAAACGCGGGAAGGACAUCGAAGUCAGCAGUCGAGGUUUGUAAGACCAGGGGACAUGGUUGCAUGGGUCGAUGACCUGCAUGUUGAAUGUGUGUUCUAGGAGAGCUUUUCUGCUUCGGCAAUACCUGUUUUGGAUACUCUAUCUGCGGGUUAGGGAGUAUGAGUUUGCUUUUACAUUGGAUUGCGGGUGUUCAAAAGGGAUGCAUGCUUGUUCGUUCAUGCAUGCUCCCGUUGUACAAGUAUUUUGGAUAUCCCUGGCAUCGUUAUGCCUACUGUCGUUCUUGGAUUGUCGCAGGUUUGGCUGUUUCUUUGGCUUCUUGUACAUAGCUAGUAAAGUAAUGUAUAUUCCCUACUGCGAU